AUGGUCGCCGCCGCUCUCACCAUGCUGGCCGUGGCCCCACCCACCCGCCCCUCGUCCAACCACUCGAUCCACUCUGGCCACUCUGUACGCUCUCUCAAACCUGAUGUCCAGCACAUCGAGCACCUCGAGAAGCCCGACCUGUCAAAGAAGGCCAAAACCAAGCAUCCCCACCGCGCAGACAAGCACGCGUCGCGUGACCGCGCCAAGGACGACCUCUUGCUGGCGCUCGCGAGGCUCGAGGGCACGAUUGGCUCGCUGAAGAUGCUCACCGAGUCGCUCAAGGCCGAGAACGUUAUUCUUGUAGCUGAGAAGAGCGCGCUCCAGGCUGAAGUCGCGGCGGUCAAGCUCAAGCACGCUUUGCGCCACGACCACAGCCACGGUCGUGGCGACGAGGGCGAGGUGCACCAGCUCAAGGCACUCGUGGCCCAGCUCCAUCAGCGCAACAUGAGACUGACGGACAAGAGCGCCGGUCUGGCUGCUACCGUCGGUCGUCUGCAACGCGAGGCUGACGAGGCGGCUAAGAAGCGCUCCGAGGCGGUUGGUGUUCUCCACCGUCUCCUGGAUCAUUGCACUUUCCGGCUCGCGCGUCUCCCCUCAGGCCUGUACUUUUCUUACAAGUGUGACGGGUGCUCGUCCGAGAUCGCCUCUCGCCUCGCCAAUUUCCGCACCCCCGCCAACAUCGCCACACCGUCCCUCCACGGCCACGGCCAUCUGCACGACCACUGGCCCCUCCCGCGCUGUGAGUGGGAAGGGCGGUUUGUCCGGCUUGUCCCUGCGAGCGUGCCGGUUCUCGCGCACUUGUCGUCCGCAUGCGACUGGGAAUGGGACGACAGCUCUGACCAACUGGAACGCCACGUUGAGCAUGCCGACGAGGGCAAGGAACAUACUUUCUGGGUGGUCGCAACGCGCCAUGGGCCCCUCACCAGUGUGGGUGGGGUGACAUUCACGACUGACCCGGAAGACCCGUUCGUCAUGGCUGUAGCAGAGCGAGACGUCCGGGCAGCAGCGCCACCGUCCAGUUCCCGCGCCAGCCACGACACGGCGACGUCAACUGCGCGUACCACCCAGGAUCCACCCACGCCACCCCUCGCCGAGCACGACCUACUCAAGCUCCGAGCCGAGAACCACCGCCUCAAGAUCCAGAAUGUUACAUUGCACAAUGCCAACACACGGCUCGAGGACGACAACGCCAGUCUGUCGACACAGGUCGAGGCGCUGCAGCGGGAACUGGACACGCUCGCCGCAGAGCAGGAGAUGGCCGCAGAGGAGUUUCGGCACAUCCUCGAGAAGCCGUCGAGACGCACUGGAGGAAGAGUGGUGAUGGGUACAGGAGAGAAGGAAGAAAAGGUCAACUUGUGGAUGGGUCAUGCCGAGGCGGCUAUGUACCCAUCCAGUGUCGCUCACUCGCAUCGUUCCACCUCCUCCAUCACCACGCUGCACCACGGCUCGCGCCCGGUGGCACCCGGUGGCUCGCCCAUACCCUCCAUCACCAUCCAAGCACCGUCUCGACGACCGUCCCUGGCGUCUACGGGUUCCAUUAGCGAGCUAGACAUCGGCAGGGCUGCUCACUCCGUCCGCGGCAAACGGCCAACUCGUCUUUCAAAGGCCCCUCGAAUGAGUGUCUCUGAGAUGAGUACCUCUGGGAUGAGUACGCCACCUGGGCCGAGGGAGCUCUCUGGGCGGUUCAUGCUCGACAAGAUCGCCGCCGAGGUUCGGCGCCAUCAAGAUCAUUUGUUCGAGGAGAACCAUCUUUGGUGCACGCUGUCUCUCAGGCCGAGUGCUGCACUCCGUCCCAAUGUCUUCCGCAUCUCAUUCUCGAUUGACACCACCUCGGCCACUCACCUCGCCAAUGCGUUUCGAAACGCUGCGAAGAGUGUUAUCGACAAGUGGGAGAGGACGCCGACGGAUGUGGAGCACGUUGCCCUCUCGUGUGCCUUUGCAGUGACCGCUCGCCUCAGGAAAGACGCUUCUGAUAUCGCACUCUACUUCACCAUGGCGUCAAAGAACGAGCUCGCCAUCAUCCUCCGGGACGCCGCCGACCACGUCACACCCACCUUUCCACUCACUAUGCGAUCAAACGUCCCCGCUAGCAAGUACCAUCUCCCGAAUUCCAAUACCAAGAAAGCAUCUGCUGUCUCGCGGCGGAUUGCCACCCUCGAAACUGCAUUAAAGGAGCUCAAGGUCCUGGUUGACAAGUUGCGAGCGGAGCAUGCCGAGUCCAAGGCGGUGAAGGACAAGGAUGAGCUGGACCAACACAAGGCUGAUCUGAGAGCAAAGGUGGCAGCGCUGGAGCUCAAAGUGGAUGGUAUGGAGAAGGAGUUGGACGUGGUCCUCAAGACCCAAAGGGGAUAG